UAACUAGCAGGGUUUUGUUGUGAAUUGAUCUGAUUUCUUUUAGACAAAGAAUUAAUGAUUUUUAAUUAGUUGUGAUUUUUGAUUAAGGAAUCUUGAUUGGAUUGACCAUGAAGGUUUUUGAUUAUUCUGGGAUUUUUUCCAGGUGAAUUUUGUUGUAAAGAUUUUAUUUUUGUAGUUUUGCAGGUUUUAGUUGACAUCAGGACUGUUGAUUCACUCUUUGGUCGUGAGAAUUCAACCCAUAAUGGCACAGCGUGACUGGGAUGCUGACAAAAUGCUUGAUGCCUACAUAUAUGAUUAUCUUAUGGCAAAAAAGCUACAUGCAUCCGCGAAAGCUUUUAAGGCUGAGAGGGCGGUUCCAAAUGACCCCGUAGCUAUCGGUGCGCCUGGAGGAUUUCUCUUCGAGUGGUGGUCUCUUUUCUGGGACAGCUACACUGCAAAGUCAAAUGAAGCUGCUGCUUUGCAGGUUGAGACGCAACAAAGUAGAGCAAGAGAGAACCAACAGCAGUUGCAACUUAUCCAGCAACAGAAUGCUCAAUUACAGCGAUGGGAUCCUAGUCAUUCUUCCCAUGGUGUCCCGGUAAAUGCUAUGAACUCUGAAGGAAUAAUGGGACAGCCUUCAGCCAAUUUCCUGGACAUGAAAAUGUACAAAGAUUGGAUAAACCAGGGCCAGUUGCUUGAAGGAAAUUCUGGGAACAUGUCUAGGUCUUCACAGCAAUUGCGUGCUCAAAUGACCAAUGUAAGUGACAUAAAGACUGAAGGGAACUCGGGCAACCAGAAAUCUUUGCCUUCACAUGCAUCAACAAUCCAUCGGCAAGCAAUCUCGCAGUCACAGCCUGGAUUGGGCAGUGCAGGAUUAAAUCAAGGGGUCAGUGGUCUUCCACAGAAGGGUUGGGCUCUGGGAAUUGAUCAACUAAAGCCGAAUUCAGGUCUACAAGUACAUCAGCCGGAUCUACUGGAUCAGAAUCGCUUUCCCCUGUCCUCAUCAAUCCAGCAAGCAUUAGAACAAGCUCAGGCACAAGGAUGUAUUGGAAGCUCACCUAAUUACGGGUUUGGUGGAUUACCACGGGGUGGAUUGAAAGUAAAAGAUGCUGAGCUGGAAAAAAAUAAAGGAUCGAUGUGUUCACAAAAGAUGAAAAUGACCCAAAUGCCACAAUCAUCCUCUCAACAUGAGCAACUGCAACAGAACAAUAACAGAGAAAGAAAACAGCAGUCGUCUUCUGGACCAACUAAUAGUAAGGGUAAGGGAAACACAAUGGAUCCUUCACCAAAAUCCCCGGUAUCGACUCAUACCCCUGGCGAUGAGAAAAAUACUGCCAGUAGUCUGCAGCAUGUAAGCAGUGGACAAAAAGGGUUGAUGAUGUAUGGUUCGGAAACAGAAGGUCUUGCAUCACCUGAAAAUCAGUUGGAUGACAUAGAACAUAUUGGAGAUGAGGGAGAUGUCGACUCCUUUUUGUCUAAUGAUGGUGAAGAUGGACGGACUUUAUACGACAACAUCAAACAAAAUCUUACUGGACAUAAAACGGAGUCUUCAAAAGGAUUCUUCCUUGAAGAAGUUGGUUGUAUACGGACCAGAGAUAAAGUCACAUGCUGCCAUUUCUCUUCAGAUGGCAAGCUGUUAGCUAGUGCCGGACAUGAAAAGAAGGCUGUUCUUUGGAACAUGAAUAACUUGCAAACCGAAAGCACUCCUGAAGAACACCAGGACGUGAUUACAGAUGUGCGUUUCAGGCCUAAUUCAUCUCAAUUGGUGACAGCUUCACUUGACAAGUCUGUGAAAUUGUGGGAUGCAGCUAAUCCAAGCUACUGCCUGCAUGCUUAUACUGGGCACCCCUCUCAUGUUAUGUCCCUAGACUUUCAUCCAAAGAAGAAUGACAUGUUCUGUUUUUGUGAUAGUAACAAUGAAAUUCGUUAUUGGAACAUCAAUCCAUUUUCAUGUACUCGAGUUUCAAAGCAAGGAGGUAGUUCACAAGUGAGAUUUGAACCGGCAAAUGGACGCUUAUUAGCAGCAGCAUCAGAUGAAGGACAUAGCGGUGUGGUUAACUCCCUAUGCUGGGAUCUAAAUGGUGAUUAUUUGGCUUCCGUUUGUAAGGAGUCUGUGAAAGUCUGGUCGCUGACCUCUGGCAAAUGCGUUCAUGAACUUAGCUCAAAGAGUAACCAGUUUCAUUCCUGUGCUUUCCAUCCAAGCUAUUCAGCUCUUUUGAUGAUUGGUGGAGAGAAGGGUUUAGAGUUGUGGAAUAUUGCUGAGAAUAAAAUCAUGACAGUUCGAGCACAUGAAAAUAUGAUUGCUGCUUUAGCACAGUCCCCUGUAACGGGAAUGAUUGCUUCUGGAAGUCACGACAGUUCUGUCAAGUUAUGGAAAUAA